CUUACAUAUUAUUAAAAAUUAUAAUUCUUUUAUGAGUUAUUACAUCGAAACGAAUUAAUUAAUGGACAUUCAAAGAAUAACGAUUCGGAUAAUUGUGGGGUCAAAAAGGAAUUUUGUUUUACAUACCUGCAUCAUCUUGUUAAACUGGUGACCAACACGCCGUUUAUAAUAUAUUAGCAGUAAUAGUAAACCAUCUUUAUAGUACAAUAUACUUUCUAUAAUAUAUAUGGGUUACCGUUUUUAUGUAACUUUGUGAAGAUUUUCUCUAUUGUAUCGGUUUAUUACUACAUUUUUGGUGCGACGGCGACGGAGAUUGAGAUUCCGGUGUGAUGACGGAGAAGGUGAAGUUGUGAAAGCAAUUGAACAAUGCCGGAGCUAGGGUUUCAGGAUUCGAGAUCGGGGUUAGGAUUUAGUAGAAGUGUUCGUGAUGUAAGUCCGGACUCUGUUAUUUACACCGGUGAUUCCAAUUUCAGUAUUUUCUCAUCUGCUUCCGGAAGCGUUGACCGGUGUUCAUUUGCUUCCGAUGCUCAUGAUCAGGAUUCCUCUGUUUCCGAUGUUUCUCAACAGCAUUUGGCAGGGCAUGAAUGCCGUGAAGCUUCGGGUGGUACAGUUACAGAUCCAAACAAAGCAAUGUUACACAGAAAUAGUCACAUUGGCAGAAAGGAAAAAGCAAAAGUUCAAAAGGCAGAGAAGAACAGCGAGAUUGAGACAGAGGAUGAGAAUCUGUCUUUAGAUUCUGCAAGAAACUCCUUUUCUCAAGCUCUUAAAGAGUGUCAAGACCGUAGAUUUGGGUCGGGAUCUUUGCUGAAGAAACCAGAUAGGCGAAGACCUGCUUCAUUAGAUCUAAACAAUGCUGUGAUUAACACUUGCCACUCUUCUUCUCCGCGUUUUGGAAUCAUGAAGAAAACCCCUAUUACGACUAGCCGAGUUGGUACAUUUCUGAGUCCAAGAACGCCUAAUUAUCGCCAUUCCAGUGUUGGGGUUCAAAAAGGCUGGAGUUCAGAGCGUGUGCCACUGCAUUCAGCUGCUAAUAGGAGGCAGGUAAAUACUGCAUUGCUGCCUUAUAAUAAUGGAAGGAUAUUACCUUCCAAAUGGGAGGAUGCAGAGAGGUGGAUUUUUAGCCCGGUCUCAGGAGAUAGUUCUGUUAGAACUUCAUUACACCAGCCACAGAGGCGGCCUAAAUCCAAAAGUGGGCCUCUUGGUCCUCCUGGUCAAGCUUACUAUUCAAUGUAUUCUCCUGCACCACCUGUUUUUAAGGGAGGAAAUGGUGGUAAUCUCUUAGCCAAUUCCCCCUUUUCAACCGGAGUGAUGACAAAUGAUGGUUUGUCAAUUAGAUGUGGAGGCAACCUGGGAAGUGGAAACUUCCAUGCACUCGCAGAACCAUGCAUGGCAAGGUCAGUUAGUGUACAUGGAUGCUCUGAACUGGUCUGUUUAUCGACCUUGCCAAUUUCACAAGAUGAGAGUGGCGAUGAUAUUCAAGAUGAAGCCAAUGUUGUGUCACGAGUUAUAUCAAGGAGGGAUAUGGCCACUCAAAUGAGCCCCGAGGCAAGCCCUUCCUCAUCUCCUAUAAGACAGUCAUCCUUCUCUCCUUCAACUCCAUCUAUUCUACCACUUGUAGAAUUGCAGACUGUUCCUUCUUCUAAAGCAGAAUUGAGAGAUGUUCCAAUUGAUGAGCGGGUUACAGUGACCAGAUGGUCAAAGAAACAGAAAGCUCGAAUUCCCGGUAGGAGCAUGGAACUUGAUGACUGGAAAAGGAAAGCUAUGGAGAUCCGUUCUUCAGGUUGGGAUGUUUCAGACACAUCAACGAGUAUUUCAAAGAUUAAGAGGGAAGAAGCUAGAAUCACUGCAUGGGAGAACCUGCAAAAGGCAAAAGCAGAGGCAGCAAUGAGGAAACUGGAGAUGAAACUGGAGAAAAAGAGAUCGUCAUCCAUGGAUAAGAUUAUGAACAAACUUAGAUCAGCUCAGAAGAAGGCCCAUGAAAUGAGAAGCUCAAUGUUAGCCAACCAAUCUCAUGAAGUAAGAAGAUCCUCAAGCAAGGCAUUAUCUUUCCGUCAGACACGUCAAAUAGGGUCACUAAGUGGCUGCUUUACAUGCCAUGCAUUUUGAUGUUACAACCGCCCUCUAUAUAUCAGUGAAUGGGUCAGAUCAUGUAAUUCUGGUAACAAGUGGCAGUAAUUUGAAGAUGGUAUUUUCGAGAUGUGCUUUCUGGAAAUCGGUGCUGUAGGGUAGUCGAAUUCCCCCAUGUACGAUGGUAUCUGCCUGCUGAAUGAUUUAUUAAGUCAGAGGCAUGAACAGAAUGGAUGUCGAAUAGUGUGAAGUGCAACUCAAGUUUCAUCUUGAUGCUCCCAUUACAAGGAUUAUAUUUCUUUCUUCUUCAAGCACCUACAUCUUCAACCAAAUUCUCUUUGUUCUGUAAGAUUCUAAAAACAUCUCCUUUGAUUUGUAUGUAUGUAAUGAAUUGUCAAUAAUCCACGAGUUCUUUUGAAUUGAA